AUGGGGUCCAUAACUUUUGCAGUGUGUCUUAUUGUCAUUCAGCAAGUAAUUGCACAAUGUCCUCCUCGUGUACCAGAAUACUCGAAGCCCGAGGAAAACAAACUGUGGAGAAUUAAUACUCCCAUGUAUGACCUGAUAAUCUAUGGUACAAAGCCUGGAGAAGAACUCAUGCCAUCAAAAGAAUACAAUGUUGCUGUUAGAUCUCUUAACCCAAAGAAGUCUUUCCUGAAAUUUCGACUGGUCUCCGAGUCCGAAGAUGAAGUUUGUGGUUUCGGCAAUUUCCGCCAAAAGCCGUAUGACAAGUAUCAAAUAUUGGAUGAAUGUCCUUUUAUGAUUACAAAUCGAGUUGAUAAUAAAAAGCCAAUUUCCAAAAUAACAAUUAGAUGGACGACUCCUGAGUGUGGAUGUGUCAGAUUAAGCGCUGUUAUUAUCUCAGACGAUGAGACCAGUCACAUUGCCAACGAUGACCAUUUAACAAAGAGAGUAUGUAUACAAGGUGAGCCCAAAAUACCAGAGAAAUCUGUCAGUCAUGUUGUACCGUCUCCGAUGACUGAUGAUGUCAGCGACCCAGAUGUACAGAGUGAUGAAAAGGAAAUGAUUGGCCUUGAAGAUGAGGAAUCACAUUAUGGCGACGUGGAUGAUGAUGAGGAUGCAAUGGUUAACAAAACAGCUGAAACACAUUUAGACAAUGCAAAGGGUACGAUAAAAAGGACUGGUAAUGGCAACCCUGGUGGAAUUAGGAGAAAUAUAGAACGGGGUAUACAGGCAGUCAAAAGGGUCUUUAAACCAGAUAUGGGAAGAUUGCAACCACACAGGGGACAAAGAAUGAGACAAGGACACAGACACCAUGAGAGAAGCAAAGACUGGAGUGAAAGAGUGGAGCACAUGUGUUCAAAGAUUAAAGAAGAACGUGACAUAGAGAUGGGUACCUUAAAUCGAUGGGGAUGGAAAGUCAUGUGGCACCGUAUUGAACAGUUCUGGGCAAAGUUAAAUGGGGAUGAAGCGACAGACAUUGACGAGAUAGCUCAGGAAAAUCUGAAUGCAACCCAAAAAUGUUGUACUCAGGCUGAUGAUGCACGACUAGAUUGUUUCCAAGGUCUAAAGGAACGGAGGGUAGACAUGAUGUGCGAGAAGGGACUACCUACAAAUAGUGGAAGAUGGAUCAAGCCCAGCCUAAAUAUUGCUAUUGAAAAAUGCUGUGAUUUUAAAGGUGAGGAUCGUUAUGACUGCUUCAAUAACACCAAACAAGAAUGGAAGGCUAACGCUAAAAUGACUAACACUCGAUGGAGAAAGGAGAGUUCUGAUAAGUACUCGAAAGAAUCUGAAGACACACUAACAUCCAGAUCAUCAUCAAGGUCAUCAUCAGCAGAAUCCUCAUCAGAAAUAUCAGCAAUCUCCGACGAAGAACUUGAUAAUGCCAUUGACGUAGUGGUGGAUGAUAUUGAUGAACUGGAAUUCUCCGAGGAUGAACUAACGAUAGAUGAUUUAAAAGAAGCAGAAUAUGACACAGUUGAUGAACUUGAUGAGAGUGUUGAGGUCACUGAUGGUGUCAGCGAGGAUUCCAGUGACGAAGUGAAGAAUCCACAGGGCAUGAGACGAAAACAUAAUCACCACCCAAGACAUAGAGGAAGAGGAAUGGCAAAGAUAUUGAAGCAUUACUGCUGCAGAGCAGGAUUUAUCACAGCAAAGAAGAGCAAAAGAACUGUAGUGUGCAAGAACAGAGCCAAGGGUUUUGACAUGAAGUUGCGAAGGUUAACAGGAAUGGCCAAGAGAAUCUGUUUCGUAUCAUUCAAUAAAUGCUGCAGCAAAAUUUCAACACCAAAGCCUACAACAAUAACAGUUAAUCCAUCAAACACAGCAACUGCAAUCUACAAGACUACAACAGAGGAAGAAGAUUUAGAGGAAGUUGCCAAUGAAAUCUCUGAAAUAGAGUUCUCCGGAGGUGAGAUCAGUGAUGCCGAUAUAGAGCAAGCAGAAAGGGAAAGUGUUGCAGAGCUGGAAGCUGAUGACACAGAUGAUGAACAGGAAGAGAGAAAAAUACAGAAAGAUACUAGACGACCAAUUAAAGGUGAACAUAAGAAAGAACACCAUCGUGGACGUAAAGGAAAAAAAAUACCUAUGCUGAAAAGAAAAUGUUGUAGAGCAGGACGCAUGCAGGCUAGAAAGGAGAAUAUAAGCGAGAUAGCGGUCUGCAAGAGUGAUGCAUUUGGCUUCUUGAAGAGACUAAAGAGAGUUGGACCAUUCGCAAAGAGGAUUUGUUUCUUCAGCUUCAAAAAAUGUUGUAGUUAUGAACCUAGGACAACAACAACUACUACACCUUCUACCCAUAAGCCUACAACUACAACUACAUCAGAAUCCUCACCAGACAUAUCCUUAUCAGCCUCUAACGAAGAACUAGAUAAUUUCAUUAACAUUAUGAUGAAUGAAAUUAAUGAACUGGAAUUCACAGAGGAUGAACUAACAAUAGAUGAUCUAAAAGAAGCAGAAGACGACACAGUUGAUGAGCUUGAUGAGAGUGUCGAAAUCACUGAUAUUGACAGCGAUGAAGAUGACCUCAGUGAGGACACUGAGAAACCAUCGGGCAUGAGACGAAAACAUAAAAACCACCCAAGAUACAGAGGAAUGGGAAGAGCAAAAACAUUGAAGAAUUUCUGCUGUAGAGCAGGAUUCAUCAUAGCAAAGAUAAGCAACAAAACCGCAGUAUGCAGGAACAGAGCCAAACAUUUUGUCAUGAAAUUCAGAAGGUUGGCAGGAAUGGCCAGGAGAAUUUGUUUCAUAUCAUUCAAUAAAUGCUGCAGUAAAAUGUCACCUCCAAAGACAACAACACCUACUUCGUCUCCUACUCAUAUGCCUCCAACUGUUAUGACAUCAGAAUCCUCAUCAGAAAUACCCUUAUCAGGCUCCAACGAAGAACUUGAUAAUGCCAUUGACGUUGUGGUGGAUGAUAUUGAUGAACUGGAAUUCUCAGAGGAUGAACUAACGAUAGAUGAUUUAAAAGAAGCAGAAGAUGACACAGUUGAUGAACUUGAUGAGAGAGUUGGGGCCACCCAUGGUGACAGCGAUAAUGCUGACUCUAGUGAGGAAGUGAAGAAACCACAGGGCAUGAUACGAAAACAUAAUCACCACCCAAGACAAAGAGGAAGAGGAAUGGCAAAGAUAUUGAAGCAUUACUGCUGCAGAGCAGGAUUUAUCACAGCAAAGAAGAGCAAGAGAACUGUAGUGUGCAAGAACAGAGCCAAGGGUUUUGACAUGAAGUUGCGAAGGUUAACAGGAAUGGCCAAGAGAAUCUGUUUCGUAUCAUUCAAUAAAUGCUGCAGCAAAAUUUCACCACCAAAGCCUACAACAAUAACAGUUAAUCCAUCAAUCAUAGCAACUGCAAUCUACAAGACUUCAACAGAGGAAGGAGAUUUAGAAGAAGUUGCCAACGAAAUCUCUGAAAUAGAGUUCUCCGGAGGUGAGAUCAGUGAUGCCGAUAUAGAGCAAGCAGAAAGGGAAAGUGUUGCAGAGCUGGAAGCUGAUGGCACAGAUGAUGAACAGGAAGAGAGAAAAAUACAGAAAGAUACUAGACGACCAAUUAAGGGUGAAUAUAAGAAAGAACACCAUCGAGGACGUAAAGGAAAAAAAAUACCUAUGCUGAAAGGAAAAUGUUGUAGAGCAGGACGCAUGCAGGCUAGAAAGGAGAAUACCAGCGAGAUAGCAGUCUGCAAGAAUGAUGCAUUUGGCUUCUUGAAGAGACUAAAGAGAGUUGGACCAUUCGCAAAGAGGAUUUGUUUCUUCAGCUUCAAAAAAUGUUGUAGUUAUGAACCUAGGAGAACAACAACUACUACACCUUCUACCCAUAAGCCUACAACUACAACUACAUCAGAAUCCUCACCAGACAUAUCCUUAUCAGCCUCUAACGAAGAACUAGAUAAUUCCAUUGACAUUGUGAUGAAUAAAAUUGAUGAACUAGAUUUCUCCGAGGAUGAUCUAACAAUAGAUGAUCUAAAAGAAGCGGAAGACGACACAGUUGAUGAGCUUGAUGAGAGUGUCGAGAUCACUGAUAUUGACAGCACUGAAGAUGACCUCAGUGAGGACAUGAAGAAACCAUCGGGCAUGAGACAAAAACAUAAAAACCACCCAAGAUACAGAGGAAGGGGAAGAGCAAAGAUAUUGAAGAAUUUCUGCUGUAGAGCAGGAUUCAUCAUAGCAAAGAUAAGCAACAAAACCGCAGAAUGCAGGAACAGAGCCAAUCAUUUUGUUAUGAAGUUCAGAAGGUUGGCAGGAAUGGCCAAGAGAAUUUGUUUCAUAUCAUUCAAUAAAUGCUGCAGUAAAAUGUCACCUCCAAAGGCAACAACAACUUCAUCUACUACCCAUAAGCCUACAACUACAACCACAUCAGAAUCCUCAUCAGAUAUAGCCCUAUCAGCUUCCAACGAAGAAUUAUAUAAUUCCAUUGACAUUGUUAUGGGUGGAAUUGCUGAACUAGAAUUCUCCGAGGAUGAACUGACGAUAGAUGAUCUAAAAGAAGCUGAAGAUGACACAGUUGAUGAACUUAAUGAGAGAGUUGAGGCCACCCAUGGUGACAGCGAUAAUGCUGACUCUAGUGAGGAAGUGAAGAAACCACGGGGCAUGAUACAAAAACAUAAAAACCAUCCAAGACACAGAGGAAGAGGGAGAGCAAAGAUAUUGAAGCAUUACUGCUGCAGAGCAGGAUUCAUCAUUGCAAAGAAGAGCAAGAGGACUUCAGUGUGUAGGAACAGAUCCAAAGAUUUUGUCAUGAAGUUCAGAAAGUUGGCAGGAAUGGCCAGGAGAAUCUGUUUCGUAUCAUUCAAUAAAUGCUGCAGCAAAAUUUCUCCUCCAAGACUACCGACAACAACAGUUAAACCAGCCACCACCACAACGGCAAUGUACAAGACUACCACAGAGGAAGAAGAUUUAGAGGAAGUUGCCAAUGAAAUCUCUGAAAUAGAGUUCUCCGGAGGUGAGAUCAGUGAUGCCGAUAUAGAGCAGGCAGAAAAGGAAAGUGUUGCUGAGCUGGAAGCUAAUGACACAGAUGAUGAACAGGAGGGUGAGAGAAUACAGAAAAACACGAGACAACAAAUAAAGUGCACACAUAAGAAAGAACACCAUCGUGGACGUAAAGGAAAAAAAAUACCUCUGCUGAAGAGAAAAUGUUGUAGAGCAGGACGCAUGCAGGCCAGAAAGGAGAAUACCAGCGAGAUAGCAGUCUGCAAGAGUAAUGCAAUGGGCUUCUUGAAGAGACUAAAGAGAGUUGGACCAUUCGCAAAGAGGAUUUGUUUCUUCAGCUUUAAAAAAUGUUGUAGUUACGAACCAAGGACAACAACAACUGCUGCAACUACAACCCCCGAGCCUACAACUAUAACUGCAGAUGACUACUCAUAUGAGGACAUGGAUGACCUGAGUGAAGAGAAUUAUUAA